AUGAGCUUUCAGGAAAGAGCACUUGUCGAGAAGCUACUAGAGAAUUAUCACACAGGUCUCAGGCCUAUCAUCUCUAAUAGCUCCCAGCCAACGACAGUUAAUCUUAGUCUCAGACUGGUGCAGAUAUUUGAAAUGGUGAGUAAGAUAGAUCAUAGGCACUCAAUGUGUGCAGAAGGCUCAGUAAAUUUUACAGAUAGGCAAUGAAAAUCGAAGCAGUGUUUUGAUACAGCUGGAUUAACGAAAGUUUCUUUUUAUAAAUUUUACAGGAUGUAAAAAAACAGGUUAUCAUCACAAGUGUAUGGCUCAAGCAGGUACGUACGCGAAGCAGCUGUUAAGACGCUAACAUCAUCAUCAUCAUCAUCAUUUAGUAAAUCAUCAACAGAUUCGUCUUCAUCUUCGUUUUUUGUCAUAUUUGUAUCUCAUUUUGUCUUCCUUAUAGUUUUUCAUAAAAAUGACAGCCCGUUAGUUCAAAUAAAUGCACUUGUCAAUUUAAAGGCAUGAAAUGUGAUCUGACGAAAGGAUAUAUAGGAGCCCAACAUUCUUGUUGUCAUCAUCAGUAGAGUCAAGAUUUGGGUUAAUCAUAAAUCAUUUUUAAGAAGACUAAGAUUCAGAUUGAACUUAUAAUUUUUGAAAAUAACAGUUCUGAGAAAUUAAACUUACUCGCUAGAUCAUUCUCGAGCAAAGGGCUACAGUAGAAGCCAAGACCUUCAUCUUCACAACAAAUUAGUCUAGAAACUAAACUUUAAAUAUUUCACCAGAAAGAAGGAUUGAACAAUACUUAUAAAGGAAAGUACAGUUGGUUAAGGAAGUUGCCACUGGGCAAACAUUAUGAUAUUAAGGGUGAAAUAGAACAAAACACUCGUUAACAAGUCGAGAACUAAUCUAGACCUUGUCGUACAUCAUUUUGUUUGUUUUCUAAAGGCCUGGUAUGACCCAGCUUUGCAGUGGAAUAAAUCUGAGUUUGGUUGGAUCGAUGAGGUCAGCUUGUCACCUAAGGACGUUUGGGUACCAGAUACUGUGCUGCUGAACAAGUAUGCUUAUUAUAAAUAAAUAACUUAAUUAAUUAAUUAAUUAAUUAGGACACGUUAAAAGACAUUUUCUCUCUGUAUAGUUCUGGCCCUGAGGAAGGCUAAUUUUGUUAGCCGAAAUAUUGGCCUAUAAGAAAUCAGCCCUUUGCCUAUGUGCCAGCCUUGCAUUCAGUUUUGUUUUAAUUAAUUAACUAGUUAAUUAAAUUAAUUUAGUAUCACAGACACAUUUGAAAAAGUUGAUGUAAAUUUGAUAAUCUUCCUACACCUUUCGAGCUUUCAACAAUUUUCUUGCAUUCUAACUCAAAUAACUGAGAUUUACGCACAAAGAGAGGGUCAGUAUUCAAAAUGAAUGUUUAACGAAAAAACCGUCAGGGAUGCGUGACACUUGUACUUCAAUAGCUGAUGAGCUGUUAUUCGGUAAAGAAAUAUAAAACAGUGUCAAAUGUUUUUUUAAAAAUACAAAAACAAACGUUUCGGGUUUAUGAUCCUGCUUCAGUGUGAGAAAAAAACCGUUGUACAGUACUACGCAAUAGCAGAGACAACAAUGAUCGAAGUAUCUGCGUCUGUAUAUAGGUGGAGAAAUUAGAAUAACUGCUUUUCGUUUUUUUCUAGCGCUGAUACUAGCCACAUGGGUGAACCUGUGGGAAUGAACAACCCACUGUUGAUUACUUCCCAUGGCACAGUCCGCUGGCUGGCGCCUAUUAUCCUCAAGAGUUCCUGCAAACUCAGUGUCCGUUAUUUUCCAUUCGACGAGCAGUUCUGCAGGCUCAAGUUUGCGUCCUGGACUUAUAGCAAUAGCUCUUUGCGUCUUGUGUCAGAAGAAACUGAAAUCCUACAGAACUAUACUGGUAAAUUACACACUCUGAAUAAAGGUUGACUGUUUAAUUCUUAAAACUCCAACAACAUAAUCAUCAUCAUCAUUAUCAUCAUGAGUCGGUAAGAAUCUCAUUUGCGUUAAUCUUUCCGUGCGUAAAUCUUCCAAAUCUCACGCAACGCUUCUGUAAAAAACUGCGCUCAUCACCGUUAAAUAUUUUUAACGGUCUAUCUCAACAUUCAACACUGCAUGACACACUGUUCGAUUGAAUGUUGAGCCGUGUGUCACGAGUCUAAUCAAGGUUUCUCUUUCACAGAAAGCGGCGAAUGGUACCUGGAAAAAGUCUACGAUCUGAAUUCAACAAGCAAAGCAACGCACUUGAGCGAGGAAAGCAAGUCAGCCGUGACGUAUGUGAUUCACAUACGCCGUGAGGUGUUCUACUACUUCGUCUACCUCAUCACGCCUUGUAUGGUGACGUCAUUUAUGACGUUAAUCCUAUUUACACUACCCCCUGAGAGUGGUGAACGGAUGGUAAUGGGCGUCACANGAGAAAUUAGAAUAACUGCUUUUCGUUUUUUUCUAGCGCUGAUACUAGCCACAUGGGUGAACCUGUGGGAAUGAACAACCCACUGUUGAUUACUUCCCAUGGCACAGUCCGCUGGCUGGCGCCUAUUAUCCUCAAGAGUUCCUGCAAACUCAGUGUCCGUUAUUUUCCAUUCGACGAGCAGUUCUGCAGGCUCAAGUUUGCGUCCUGGACUUAUAGCAAUAGCUCUUUGCGUCUUGUGUCAGAAGAAACUGAAAUCCUACAGAACUAUACUGGUAAAUUACACACUCUGAAUAAAGGUUGACUGUUUAAUUCUUAAAACUCCAACAACAUAAUCAUCAUCAUCAUUAUCAUCAUGAGUCGGUAAGAAUCUCAUUUGCGUUAAUCUUUCCGUGCGUAAAUCUUCCAAAUCUCACGCAACGCUUCUGUAAAAAACUGCGCUCAUCACCGUUAAAUAUUUUUAACGGUCUAUCUCAACAUUCAACACUGCAUGACACACUGUUCGAUUGAAUGUUGAGCCGUGUGUCACGAGUCUAAUCAAGGUUUCUCUUUCACAGAAAGCGGCGAAUGGUACCUGGAAAAAGUCUACGAUCUGAAUUCAACAAGCAAAGCAACGCACUUGAGCGAGGAAAGCAAGUCAGCCGUGACGUAUGUGAUUCACAUACGCCGUGAGGUGUUCUACUACUUCGUCUACCUCAUCACGCCUUGUAUGGUGACGUCAUUUAUGACGUUAAUCCUAUUUACACUACCCCCUGAGAGUGGUGAACGGAUGGUAAUGGGCGUCACAAUUCUGUUAUCACUCGCCGUGUUCUAUUUGUUAGCUUCGACUCACAUUCCCGAGACAUCAGAGGUGGUACCUUUGAUUGGCAGGUAUGGUGACGUCAUUUAUGACGUUAAUCUUAUUCACACUACCCCUUGAUAGUGGUGAACUGAUGGUAAUGGGCGUCACAAUUCUGUUAUCACUCACCGUGUUCUAUUUGUUAGCUUCGACUCAUAUCCCUGAGACGUCAGAAGUCGUACCUUUGAUUGGCAGGUAUGGGAUGAUGGGUGGGCCUGUGGAGAUAAAAAAGAGACUUCUUAACUUAUUAAUUUUUGUUAUUUUUGAAUUAGCGAAAUUCGCCACAGUGAAUCAAUACGGCAGGAUAGGGGAUAAAACAGGACUUGCGUCCCAGUUGAUAUUUCCCACUUCAUUACCCAGCCAGCCCGUGAAAGAUUGUCCAAAUAAUUAAUUAUAUAUUACACUAUCAUUAUUAAUAUUUACGACUGUAACUGAAACUUUUUAAAGGGACGACUUUCUGUCCAAAAUGUUCGUGAAAUCUUUCUGACAUUUUUUCUACAACUAUUUGACAACACCAUUUGCUUCCGUAACGCACAAUGAACCAACCAAUCGUCAAGAUCUUUACACAUCUUAUACAUAAAAUAAUUUAUCGUUAACUUUUCAAUGGCACAAGCGUUGAAAAAGUUAAGAAAGUUUGAGAAGUGAUGAAGUACUAUUUUGUAUUUAUCUCACGACAGAUACUACUCGCUGACCAUCAUAGAAAUCGCAUGCGCACUGGGACUGACUUGCUGGGUGCUACGGUUUCAUCACUACAACACAUCAGUCGGGAAAGUACCAAAAUGGGUCAGGGUAUGAGCAACAUUGUCAUAACUUCCCCUAAUUUCAGUGGCGGAUCCAGGGGAGGGGCCCUAGGGGUCCAGCCCCCUCUUAUUUUUAGACCAAAAUGAGGCCCGAAGGCCCGACCGCCUGUCCCUCCCCCCUCAUCUCAGGGUCUAGAUGACCGCCACCCUCCCCCCCCCCUUAGCUGAAAGUCUGGAUCGGCCAUUGAAAAUUUAAUGAGCUUUUAUAACAUUUAGAUAUUUACGCCGAUCUUUGAAGUUUGUACACAUUGUCGCACGUAUGUUUUUCUUUAAGGUUUAUAUUCUCGGAUAUGUUGCAAGAAUGGUGCGCUACGAGGUCCCAAAGAAACCUCAAACAGAGAACGAUGGAGUUGGAGAGGAAGGUGAGUCCCACUCUACUCAUUCUUUCUUUUAUACUACUACAUGAGAAAUUUCUGCAAUUUGAUUGGCUUAGAGCAGUGGUAUUUCAGCUUAAUUUGAAAUACCUACAUGUGAAAAUUUCAAACCUUUUGCGGUUAGUAGUAUAAACAAAUAAUAACAUGAUUUGUACGUGAUAUUUGGCAAAAAUACCAGUCGUGAUAUUUCAAAAUUGUCUCAAAUUUCACUCACCUAACGGCUUGUGAAAUUACAUAUAACAAUUUCGAAAUAUCACUCGUGGUAUUUACCUCAAAUAUCACUAAGAACCAUGCUAUUACCUAUACUAAUUUUCAAUGCAGUACGUUAUAUCAGUUGACGUUUUUGGAAAGUCUAACCGAUGAGACUGCCUAGCUUUUUCGGUAACUUCACCAAAAUUUCACCAAACUCAUCCAAAAACCAACUCUUCCGUCAUAAAAUCCUAAAGUGUAAACGUUUAUGUCGUUUUCUACAAGUCUAGUCUUUGAAAACCGCCAAGUUAUGACCGAAUUACAAGUAACUUACAGCUACCAACAAAUCCUUGAGGUCUUAACUCAGGGAGGUGGAAUGGCUGAGCUUAGCAGUAAAAAUGAAAAAUAAUGCUGUCCUUCAAUUACCCCAGUUGAGUUCGGAUAAUUUACUUAUUAUGGAUGUGAUUACUGAUAAAAGCAAAAGAAACGAUAUGGACAACAUAGAUUAUAUAAAUCUUCCACGUUGUCUAACCAUUCACAUGUGAUAAGUGACGGAAACCGUAGAUUCAAUAGACUGCGAGCAGUCUCUUAUUUUUCUUUGCAAAGUUUCUGCACGAGAAAGUCAAGCACGCAAGCGCGCCGCGAGCCGCGAUAAACGAGGGCUCGUUUGGUCCUAAUCCCUUACUGUAACAUAUAACGGCGUGGUUUGCAAUCGCGCUGGCUGAGAUAAAAACUAGACGGAUUUUAAGAGAAAAGGCGGACUGCAAGCAGUCUAUUCAACAACUGCACAGUACCGAUUUUACGACCAAUCCAUUGGUGUAAUGCUAAUAAGCGAGGUAAAAAGGAAAACUUUAAAAUGCAACUUAUUUCAAGUUCUGUUAAAAAUUUUCAGACGAAGGAGACAACGCUGUAACCAUGAGCGACAGUGACGGCGGCUCCCGCAUUCGUAGACGUCUUCCCAGAGAACCUAGCGGCAUCACCAUGAUGGCAGAAAGAGUGUUGAAGAAACAAGAUGAGGACAGGGUACAAGAAGAAUGGCAGCUUGCUGCACGUGUCAUCAACCGGCUCUUCUUGAUUUGUUAUCUUGUGGCUGUUGUUCUCUCCAUAUUUGGCAUCUUCCUCCAAGUUCCCGGAGUUAUCAUCUCCAGGCCCUCUCCGCCAACUUCGGACGAUGAGUAG